UGCCCAUCCCCAUCCCCCCUCUCAUGCUAAUCCCCCUCCUCCCAUCCCAUCCCUCUCCUAAUCAGUAAUCACUCCCCUUAAACCCCCCGAGCCUCCACCUCAACCGGGCAGGCACCCAUGGGCUCAUCGGGCUCCGCCUCGUCGUACAAGCUGCAGCUCGCUCUCGCGGUGCUCGUGGGUGCCUCCUCCACCGCUGCCGCAGCCUACUACCUGCACUGCCGCGCCGUCGCGCAGGUCGGCGGCGACCUCGCCCGCUCCGCCUCCACCCGCCGCCGCCGGCCCCGCGCCCCCGCCGGUGCCGCCGGCGGCAAACCCCCUCCUGCGCGCCGCGCCGCCGGCGGCUCAGCUUCGCUUCCUGACCUCUCCGCGUUCUACGAUGGCGUCGGUCGCGGCGGCGGGCUCGCCGCCGGUGGGUACCUCGUGGAGGAGGAGGAGCAGGAGGGGCUGGUUGGCCCGCACGCCAACGGUGGCGCGCUCGACCACGCCGACUUGCUCCAGAUCCCCGAGGGCUUGCCCAGGCUGCACGUGGGCCCCGACGGCAAUACACAACUUCCACGCUCAGGUUCAAACAGACGAGUUGCAGUAAUUAGGCCUAACUCACCCAAGUCCCCUGCUGCCAGUGCAAGUGCAUUUGAGAGUGCAGAUGGAUCUGAUGAGGAUGAUGCUACACAACAUGGUGGUAAACUUGACAAUGGCUACAUUAACACAAAUGGAAACCUUGAAGGAGAACGCAAAGGAAAUGCAAGUGUGGAAAAUGGGACAGCUAAACCAUCAGCAGUAGCAAACUUGAUACGAUCACAUAGUAUAUCCAAUGAUCUUCAUGCAGUUCAACCUGAUCCAGUUGCUGCAGAUAUUCUACGAAGAGAACCUGAGCAAGAAUCGUUUAUCAAGCUGUUAACUGCUCCAAAGGAGAUUCCAACUGCUGAUGAAAUUGAAGUUUUCAAAAUCCUUCAGAAGUGCCUCGAGUUAAGAGACUCUUAUCUUUAUAGAGAAGAGGUUGCUCCAUGGGAGAAGGAAAUCAUAAAUGACCCCUGUACUCCAAAACCUAACCCCAACCCGUUCACUUAUGUGCCUGAACCAAAGUCAGAGUAUGUCUUCCAAAUGGUUGACGGUGUGGUCCAUGUUUAUGAGGAUAAGAAUUACACGGAGAGAAUUUAUCCUGUAGCUGAUGCUACAACCUUCUUCACUGACUUGCAUUAUAUUCUCCGAGUAACGGCUGCGGGGAACACAAGAACUGUCUGCCAUAAUCGGUUGAAUCUUCUUGAACAUAAAUUCAAAUUUCAUCUGAUGUUAAAUGCGGAUAGGGAAUUUCUUGCCCAGAAGACUGCACCACAUCGUGAUUUUUACAAUGUCAGGAAGGUUGACACUCAUGUUCACCACUCAGCAUGCAUGAAUCAAAAGCAUUUGCUGAGGUUCAUAAAGUCCAAACUAAGAAAAGAACCUGACGAGGUGGUCAUUUUCAGGGAUGGUACUUAUAUGACUUUAAAAGAGGUUUUUGAGAGUUUGGAUUUAACUGGGUAUGAUUUGAAUGUUGAUUUGCUAGAUGUGCAUGCAGACAAAAGUACGUUUCAUCGUUUUGACAAAUUCAACCUAAAAUACAAUCCGUGCGGCCAAAGUAGGCUCAGAGAGAUUUUUCUCAAACAAGACAAUCUCAUUCAAGGCCGUUUCCUUGCUGAGUUGACAAAGCAAGUUUUCUCAGAUCUUUCUGCUAGUAAAUAUCAGAUGGCUGAAUAUAGGAUUUCAAUCUAUGGAAGGAAGCAAAGUGAGUGGGACCAACUUGCAAGUUGGAUAGUGAACAAUGAAUUGUACAGUGAAAAUGUUGUCUGGCUGGUUCAGAUUCCACGCUUAUAUAAUGUGUACAAGGAAAUGGGUAUUGUUACAUCAUUUCAAAAUCUUCUUGACAACAUUUUCCUUCCUCUAUUUGAGGUUACUAUCGAUCCAGCUUCACACCCACAGCUCCAUGUCUUCCUAAAGCAGGUUGUAGGGUUGGAUCUGGUUGAUGAUGAAAGUAAACCAGAAAGGCGUCCGACAAAACACAUGCCCACACCUGAACAAUGGACCAAUGUGUUUAACCCUGCAUUUUCGUAUUAUGCAUACUACUGCUACGCUAACUUAUACACACUAAACAAGCUGCGUGAGGCUAAGGGGAUGACCACUAUCAAAUUCCGUCCACAUGCUGGGGAGGCUGGAGACGUUGACCACUUGGCUGCGACAUUUCUUCUUUGUCACAACAUAUCACAUGGAAUCAAUUUAAGGAAGUCUCCGGUGCUUCAGUACUUGUACUAUCUUGGUCAGCUUCCUUGAAGAUUGUCUCCAUGUUUGGCUGCACCUUGUGUCACAUCGACCCCACUUCCUUUUCGGAUUCUGAUUUUUGAACAAUGAUGUUCUUCUUUCUAACCUGCUGUUUCAAUUUCAUCAGAUUGGUCUGGCAAUGUCCCCAUUGAGCAACAACUCAUUGUUUCUUGAUUAUCAUCGGAAUCCUUUCCCAAUGUUCUUCCAACGUGGUCUGAAUGUCUCAUUGUCUACGGAUGAUCCAUUGCAAAUUCACCUGACAAAAGAACCAUUGGUGGAAGAAUACAGCAUAGCUGCUUCGCUGUGGAAGCUCGGUUCUUGUGAUUUAUGUGAAAUUGCGAGGAAUUCUGUCUAUCAAUCUGGAUUUUCACAUGCGCUCAAGGCACACUGGAUUGGCAAGAACUACUUCAAGAGAGGACCUGCUGGAAAUGAUAUUCAUAGAACAAAUGUACCGCAUAUCAGGGUCCAAUUUAGAGACAUGAUCUGGAGAAAUGAAAUGAAACUGGUUUACCUGAACAAUAACAUCUUAAUAUCUGAAGACCUGGACCAGUAAGAUGUUUGCCCUUGUGUAUAUCCCAUAUUUGCUAUGGGGAUCAUACGUCAUAUUUGGCCACUGGAAGUCGGCAUGAGGGGCAAUGAGAUUUGGAGUGUCUCAGCCAGGAAAACUUCCAUGAGUGUCCCAAGCACACAAAAGGAUAGAAUACCUUAAUAAUAAUGAGAAGUGAAGCGGCACACAAGUGUGCUAGGGUUCCGUUAGAGGGUGCAUUGCAAGGUGCUACUUGUAAAGAAUGUAAUCGGUAGUGGAUGAACUCUGGUUAGAUAAUAUACCAUUCAAAUAAAAGUGUUGCCGCUUGCUUUGCUCCUAGGAUGAAAUUGGAAGCCUGGUGAGCUGCUGUUUCCUGUUUGUUAGUACCCAGAUGAAAAGGAUGCUGUCCUGAGUCAUGACGCUCUGCUCAUCUGCUGCUACCAACUUCAUCUGCUUAAAAUUGCUCAUUGUUUUUCGAAA